AUGUUUCUUCGAAAUCCAAACAUCAAGGCUGAUAGAAGUAUUAAAAGAAAAGCGAUCAACUUUGUGCUUCUAGAUGGGGAUCUAUACAGAAAAGGGUUAGAAGAUGGGCUCUUACUACAAUGCAUAAGCAAGGAGGAAUCACUUCAGGUUAUGGCCGAGGUACAUGAGGGCAGCUGUGGGGCUCGCCAAGCUGGGAUUAAAAUGAGAUGGUUGAUUCGCAGAUUUGGGAUUCCAGAAACACUUGUUUCAGACAAUGCAACAGUAUUUAGGGCAACUGAUGUACUACAAUUCGGCCACAACAUGAAUAUUCAUAUGUCAGCCUCUACGCCAUACUAUGCUCAAGCAAAUGGCCAGGCCGAAUCAUCAAACAAAAUUUUAAUAGAGAUCAUUGAAAAAAUGAUCAAAGAUAAGCCAAGAAGGUGGCAUGAGACUUUGUCUGAAGCUUUAUGGGCUUAUAGGAACUCAAAAAGAAUAGGCACAGGAGUUACACCAUACAUGUUAACUUAUGGUCAUGAUGUUGUUCUGCCUAUGGAGAUGAAGGUUAAAUCAGCCAGAGUUGCUUUUCAAAAUAAUCUAACUCCAGCUGAUUAUACUCAAGCAAUGUUGGUAGAAUUGGAAGAUUUGGAUGAAGUUAGAAGGGAUGCCUUGGAUCAUAUCAUAGCUCACAAGAAGAAGGUGAUGAGGAUCCACAACAAGAGGGUAAAACCUAAGUCUUUUGCUGAAGAAGAUUUGGUUUGGAAAGUUGUUUUGCCAGUGGGUAAAGUCGAUAGGAAAUAUGGGAAGUGGUCCCAAAAAUGGGAAGGGCCAUACUUAGUCCAUCAAGUCUUAAGUGGAGGAGCAUAUAGGCUGAAGUAUUUCAGUGGCCGAUUACAUGACUAUCCCAUUAAUGGCAAGUACCUCAAGAGGUACGUACCGGCAAUCUUUGAAAGGGAAAAUUAG